AUGGACAAAUUCGGCAAGUUGGUCCACUACGUUCAUCACAAACUCGGCGGUAACUACACUCCGAUCAGCACUCUCGAUCCCAAUGAAUUUCUCAGCGAUCGGUCGGUUUUUCCAUCAUAUCCGGGGAGUUUAGAUGCGUGCCGCCGCAGAAAUACUGUUUCAUCUUACCCGUUUACAAGAAACUCGCAAAAACUUCUCAGGCUCAGCACGAACACAGCAUUUUUUUUGGUCUCUUUGUUAGUUUACGUCAUAAUGAGCUCAUUCCCCGAAGAGCACGCACGAGGGUCGGAGCCAUUCUAGCAAAAGAUCAGAUAAGAUAAUGACAAAGUUUUCUUUUUCAAAAUCUCCAGAAAAAACGUGUGCAGAACAGUGAAGCGUGAGGGGGAAAAUUCAAAAAAGUGUUGUUGGCGCCAGCGGGUCAGUUUGUUGUCGUUCCGGCGGCCUCUCCUCUUCUUCUCUCCGCUCUCUCUCACUUUUCCACACUCGCUCCCUUUCGCCCGUCCUUCCUUUGCGAACGAGAGAGAGAGAGUGCAGAGAGAGUGCAGAGACGCAGACGGAAAAGAGGCGAAUGUCCUUUCCAUUCAUUGCCACUGAAAGGACAGAUGUUCGGACACUUUUUAUUAGGAAAAAAGAACGAUGCAUCACAAAAUUUCAUGAACAAAAACUGCCUUUUUUGCGGGGUCUUUGAAACUGUAAAUGUUUCGGUUUAACAGUAACGGGUUUUGAGAGAUGCGAUGAAGGCUAGAAAUAGCUCUUUCGUUUCAGCAGACUUUCGAGCAAACUAGCAACUUUCGAGCAAACGUUCAGCGCCACACGGCGACCAAAAACGUAAAAAGGGGCGUGGCCUAGCGCGUGCACGGUUUAUCACCAUUUUGGCGCGAAAUUCGAAAUUUAGCCCCAUUUUUCACGUUUUUCGUCAAAAAUUACCCAAAUUUUGUACGGGUUUCGACGAUGUAAUUGCAUAACUUUGUUAAACUAAUCAUCGCGCGCACUUUUUUCAGCUUAAAACGAGAAGGUUUCAUUCAGAGAAUGAAUCAAUUGAAUCGAUUUUCAAGUUUUGUGCUGAAAAUGCGCGAAUUUCAGUCAUUCGCCGAUACUUUUUGCCGUUUGAACGCUUAAAAUACUUGUAUUAACGUGCUUAAUCACUUCCGACACUCACUUCGUCUCAAAAUUAUCCAGAUGGGCCGGUAUGAAAAUUCAAAAAUUGCGGCGGCGAUUGGCCGCGGAGAGCGUAUUGCGAAAUAUGCCAAAAACGUCUCAAAAGGCGGCGUUUUCACGAAAAUUUCAAUGUUUUCUCUCUUUAAUGUCUCUUCUUUCGUCGAUAUCAAACACAAAAAUAUCGGAAAAGUGCUGGAAUUGCGGCAAUUUUCAGAAAACGCGUCUCAGAUUAGGCCACGCCCCUUUCUACACUUUUGGCGCCAUCAAUUUUUGAGCACACAAGUUAGGUAAAAGUUGCAGAGGUUUGCCGACGAAAGUCGUGAAGAAUCACUGACAACUCAACGUUCCGUCCGAUCAAUCAAAAUUUGCUUGAACUAUUUAUUGUCAAGUUUGUGAAACUGUGAAUCGAAAAAGCAUCGUUUUACAGCUUUUUUUCGCCAGAACCUGAGGGUGUAUAAUAUUAUGUUGUGAGAAGUACGCGCCUUUUUUUGCUGUUUGUGAAACCGAAAUAGUUUUUUUUUUUGUUCUCAAAAUGUUGAAAAUGUCUGUCGACUGUGUGAAAUUGAUGUUUUUUUUUUUGAAAAAAAUCAUCAAGUUGAAGUAAAAAGAGCGGGCUUUUUUCUCGGUUUUUAUUAGACACUUUCGGAGAUUUAAUGAUCGUUUGCUUCGAGGCGAACUUUGAAAUGUGAAUACUGUUGAGUCGACACUAAAUCUGGAAAAAUUGCUCGACUUCUUCCAACCAUUUCUGCAGACUUGGCCACCACAAGACACCGAGAAUAGUGACGGAGUGCGCGCACAGGAACACGAUAAACACGAUGGCGGUGUUCCGUGCGGGAAUGCUCUUCUCCGGCGGCAAAGACGGACUCGUCGUGCUCACCAACACCGACAACGGCGACGUCCAUCAAACGUGGCAGAGCCGCACCGAAAUCAACAAAAUGUGCUAUCGGAAUUACGUGGCGAAGCACUCGCUGGUCACCGGCGGCCGCGACGGAACUCUCAGUCUGUGGGUGUUCGCGCUCAACCAAACCUGCGAGCCGGCCGCCGUUUUCGACGGACACCAGUUCGGAGUCACCGGGCUCGUCAAUCUUUGCGGUACGCUCUUUUUUUUUCGCGGUUUCUAAUAGGUUUUAUACAAAAAAUUUUAUGUUAGGUGAAAGAAACUCGAAAUACGUAUCGUAUUAUCGCUUUUACUCGAGGCGAUACGAUUUUUUGAAAAAUUACAGAAAGCGCCCGUAGUGUUAACACCCUGGCAGGCCGUACGGGCGAGGUACGCGUGGCGUAGUGGUUGCGUUUUGGCUUGGUAGGCUUGAGGUCGCGGGUUCGAAUCCUACUGGCUGAAAUUCGUUUUUGCAUUGAUUACCCGGGGUCUGGCCUCAUUUUUUUCUGUGUUUAUAGUCAUUCGGAACCUAAUUUUUGCUUUUGUUCUUCGAAAAAAGACUCUACGGUGAAUUUUUCUCAAGAAAAAAAGAUAAUUACUGUUUCUGGUCCCUGCCGAAACUUUCUACGAUUGUUCAGCUCCACUCGCUUCACACAUCGAGCUAGCUUUGUUUAUAAAUUUUUCAGAGCUCAUUUAUGUUUCGUUAUUUACAGAGGCCAGGCGGGAGCUUUUAGUUAGACCCAGUUGUAGCUCAGGAAUUUAAACUCAACAUAUCUCAGCUGCCAGUGGAGAUAUCAAAAAGUUGUCAACUGACAAAUUGUUCACUGAGACAUUUUCUACAUUUUCCAAGUUGACAACUUUUCGAUAUCUCUACACACAACUGAGAUACACGACUUUGAAUAGACCGACAAUAUUUUGCAGACACUCAAUUCAUGAGCGGCUCUCGUGAUUGCACCGUCAAACUGUGGGACGUUGAACGGUCGACGCCGGUGCUCAGCGAGACGAUAAACCGUAACCUGUGCACUCACAUGAGCCACGAUGCCAACACAAAAAUGGUGGCCCAGUCGUCCGAGGAUAAAAGUGUCCGGUAGGUGACAUCGCGAGAGUUUUUGAGACGACAAAAAUUUGACAAAAUUCGCAGAAUCUGGGACCCUCGAAACCUGGAAGUGGCUAUUGAGUUUCCACGAAAACGACACAUUCAAAUGUACUGCGAGUUCGGCGGCGACAAUCGGCUCUUCUCGUGCUCCAAUGGAUUCAAUGGCGAUGGGUGUGAGAUUACGGUAGGUCUCAUUUUUUUCCGUGUCUUGAGAAUGUCUUUUGAACGCCAUGAACGGCAAAUUUGGAUUAUGUCGGCGUCGGCGCAGAAAGACGGAAGACGGAAGUCGGAAACCGGAAAAUGGAAUACAGUGUGGUGCACUUUUUGCGCGCCUAAAACCUUUUGGGACCAAACCACCAUUUUGCACGCAAAAUCAAUCUGUUUUCCGUUCCGAUAUUAUCGAUUUACAGUCGUACGACGUGCGUAACCCGCGUGCGGUCCGUGAAGGCCGGGGCCACGAGGGAAACGUGACUUCGCUGGCGAUCCUUCACUUCGACGCACCAUCGAGACGGCUUCUCGUCUCCGUUUCGGCCGACAAGCGCAUCCGAAUUUGGAGGACCGAGGAGGAGGGCGUUAACGGUAAUGGUCCCCCCCCAGACCGAUAAUAUUCAAUCUUCUUUUUCAGUUCUCAAACCACUUUGGGACGAAGAAGUGCCUCUGGAGGCGGACAAUCUUCAAGUUGCCACGUAUCCAGAAGGACAGUGAGUUCUAUUAUGGCUAUAAGUAAAGUAUCGAUUUAAUUUGACUACUUUCGGAUAAAAUCAAUAACCCGGUAGUCAUUGAAAAUUAUCGAAUUGGCCCAAAACUUUUCUGUUUUAUGAAACUGCAAAAAUGCGAAAAGUCGGGACAACAGACAAUUAGUCAAUGCAUCAAAACUAGAAACCAGUUUCAAUGGAUAAAAGCUGGAUUUAUCGACACAUUUCAUAGAACUGUUAAAAAUUUCGAAUUUUUUUUCUCGAGCGCUCGUAAAUUGCGGAGUGUCGUUGUAAGUUUUGAAGAUUUAAAAAAUUUAAGAAAAAUUUUACAGAAAACAUGGAAAGAACGCGGCCUCCUGUUGAAAAUUAAUUAAUCGGCCGCCGCGUAAAUCGACACGGCCCGCCUGUUGCAAGUGCGCCCCAUUGAAAUCAUUCGCGCCGUGGGAGACCGUCAAUCGAUCGAUAAUCAUUUCAGCAUAAUCGUGUCGGGCGGAAAAGGUCGUCUCAUCCAUUACCACGCGAGAUUCGUCGCCCAACGCAUCAUCCUCGACGUGCUUCUCCUUCAAAAAUGCCGGAAAAUUGCCCAAAGUGCGAGUGCCCACGUUCUUCGCUAA